UUUGGGAAAUUAGGCAGUGUGCGGGACGCGACUGGAUAGAGUCAAAGAAGUAUCUUCUCUGAUCAAACCUACGAGGGCGCCAAGGCCAAGGAGGAGGAAUGAGAGGGAGCGAACUUACUAACUAUAAUGGCGAAUCUGGUGAGUCCGGUUCCCAUACGCCAUCUCCGCUUCAAGUGCGGCGCAAUAGCGAAGCCUUGCAACCCCCUCUUCCUUAAACCCUUUCCCGGAUUCCGUUCUCUCCUCACUCGAAUUCGCCUGUCCCCUGUUCGUAUCUCGCGAACUGAUACAUUUUCACAAAGGGCUUCCCUACAGCACAAAACCCUUCUUGUUGAGACUUACCAUGAGCAUCGCAUCCUCAAAUCCUUACUGCGAAAGCUUCAGCAGCAAGAUUCAAGCCCCCUCCGCAUACUCGAAGAAGAUGGAGAUUGGUCUAAAGACCAGUUCUGGGCCGUCGUCAGGUUUCUUAAACAUGCCUCCAGAUCCAAAGAAAUCCUUCAGGUAUUUGAUAUGUGGAAGAAAAUUGAGGAAUGUCGGAUUAAUGAACUCAACUAUAACAAAAUAAUACGUGUGUUGGCUGAAGAAGGCAUGAUGGUUGAGGCUGUGGCUGCACUGCAGGAGAUGAAAACACAUGGUCUCAAACCUUCUUCAGGUGCGUACAAUUCAAUAAUUCACGGUUUCUCCAUGGAAGGCAAAUUUAGUGACGCUUUGUUUUUUCUAAGUGAGAUGAAAGUAUCCAAUGUAUUGCCGGACACUGAAACCUAUGAUAGUUUAAUUCAAGGCUAUGGGAAAUUUAAGAUGUAUGAUGAGAUGGGCUUGUGCGUGAAAAAGAUGGAGUGGGAUGGAUGUUCUCUUGGUCAGACAACAUAUAACAUACUUAUAAGAGAAUUUUCAAAAGGUGGACUACUUCAGAGGGUGGAAUCAGUAUAUCAAAGAAUGCUUUCCAAAAAAAUGCUUUUGCAUUCUUCUACUUUGGUUGCAAUGCUUGAGGCUUAUGCCAGAUUUGGGAUAGUUACAAAGAUGGAAAAAAUUUAUCGGAAGCUUAUGAACUCAGAAACCCCUUUAAAGGAUGAUUUAAUAAGAAAAAUUGCAGAAGUUUAUAUUGAGAACUAUAUGUAUUCUAGAUUAGAAGAUUUGGGGCUUGAUUUACUUUCGACUUUUGGUGGGACUGAACUUGUUUGGUGUCUGCGCCUUCUUUCUUACGCUUGUCUUUUGAGUCGAAAAGGCAUGGAUAUCAUUGUUGGAGAAAUGCAAGGAGCCAAAGUUCAAUGGAAUGUUACACUCGCUAAUAUUACCAUGCUGGCUUAUGUGAAGAUGAAUGAUUUCACGCACUUGAGAAUUUUUCUUUCUCAAUUGUCAGCCCUUCGAGUGAAGCCUGACAUAGUCACUAUUGGAAUUAUUUUUGAUGCAACUAGAAUGGGCUUUGAUGGCAGUAGAACUUUGGAAAGAUGGAGAAGGAUGGGCUAUCUUCAUAGAGUUGUAGAAAUGGAAACAGAUUCUUUGGUCCUUGCUGCGUUUGGUAAAGGUCAUUUUCUCAAGACCUGUGAAGAAGUGUACUCUUCUCUGCGACCAGAGGACAGAGAAAGAAAAACAUGGACUUAUGAUCGCCUCGUUGAUUUAGUAUCUAAACAUAUUGAAGGUAGUAUGAGCCGUAGGACAACCAAAUAAGUUAUCAUCUUUUAAUUUUUACACGACAUUGAAGAGUGAAUAUUUAUAACGUGAGUACUUCCCACUAUUUGAUGACGAACAAAAAUUUAAAUGAUGUAAUGGUAGAGUGAAGAAAACCCAGCAGUCUACUAGUUUAGGGACCUAGGAAAGUUUCUUUUAAUGAGCUGAGAAUUCUCGGUAUAUGAGGUAAUGAAGGAAAUAUCAAGCGUUGCUUUUGCACAUCUGUUUGAACAGUGAUAGUUCAUUUUUCUCUUAAUUCA